AGCAACACAACAACUUUCCGAGUUUCUCUAAAAAUGUGCAUAAAGAAUAUUUAUAAAUAUCAAACAAAGUACUUUGCUGACUCUGUAGAAUGGUGCGUGGAUCCACAAGAAUUUCAACAUAUCUUCUCUUGUGGGACUUACCAGUUGGAUGAAGAAAAAAGCCAAGAAUUUCAGCAAAGAAAGGGAUCAAUUAUAGUGUUUAGCAUCUCAGUCAAUGAAGCUGCAACCACCGAAACGGAAGUUCAGAAGCUUUUUGAGCAGGAAACUGAUGGGAUUUUAGAUCAAAAAUGGUUGAGGAAUGUUGAUGCUCCACUCUUGGCUGCAGCUACUUCCUCUGGAGGUGUUGACAUUUAUUCCUGGGAGAAGAAUCAUCAACUAUUAAGCCGGCAUUCAAUGAAAAUUGAUCCAGAAGAUAGAGAGAACAUAGCAUUGUCCCUUGAUUGGGAUUCGCAGAAGCAUAAAAUUCUUCUUAGUGAUUCAAAAGGAUGCAUUACGCUUCUGGAUUUCAGCGAUAAAUCCUCUUUAAAUUUAGUAAAUCGCUGGAAUGCUCAUUCCUAUGAAGCUUGGACGUGUUGCUUCCAUAAGAAUGAUACGAAUAUUGUUCUAACUGGUGGUGACGAUUCCUUAUGCUGCAUUUAUGAUCUACGAGAUUUGAGCAAAGAAACCCAUUCAAUCAAAUCUCACGAAGCAGGAGUUACAGCAUUCCUGACUUACGAAAGUCGUCCAAAUAUUUUCUGCACCGGAAGCUACGAUGAACAUCUGCGGGUAUUCGAUAUGAGAUCCUUGAGGAGACCUCUGGAGUCCAUUAACCUGAAAGGUGGAAUUUGGCGCCUAAAAGCGAAUCCUUUUGCUGAAGACUUGAUCCUCUGUGCUUGCAUGUAUCAUAAUUUUACUGUCUGCAGCCUCACUGCUGAUGGAUCACCGGAAAUUAAAGCAACGUACAAUGGAGAUCACAAUAGUAUCUGCUACGGCGCUGACUGGUGCCCCAUAAAAGGGAAACAGGAAGAGUAUCUUUUUGGAUCUUGUUCCUUCUACGAUUGCCUUCUUACACUAACAAGACGACGAGGUGGAUGCAGCCUUUGAUGGAUCAAUGGUGUGGAUCAGGAUACCAAGCAAAAGUUAAUGACAUAAGGACGCAGGAUAAGGGGAUAUAGACGGAUAUUCUACACCAAGACAAUGCUAAGAACCAGCAGGAAGUAAGUAAUGAUUCUCUUAUCUUUAUAAAGAUUUGAAGAAGGAAACUGUCGAUAAAAUUUUAAAGGAAAAAUCAAAGAGACGCCUCUGGAAGAAAUUCAAAAUUAAAUCAAAAAAUCCAAAAAUUACAAA